GAGCGGAAGUGUCUGGGAUUCUGCAUCUCUUCAAAUCAGUCGUUUGUAAAGGGGAGACGGGGCGAGCACCGUCUGCGUUUCUUCCCACAGCAUCACCGUUAGCUCCGGCUCCAUUCAGCGUCGCUGUGCACCAUUUAUUGUAGCUACAUAUCAGCACGGGACAUGCGCUAUCAGGUCUGCGCAAUCGACGUGAACGCCUGCCUGGACACAGGAGAGGAUUAAGUUACUGCUGCUGGCGGCGGAUUAUUUUAUUGGCCUCGUCCUGUCACGCCCGAGUCUUUGGUGAUCCUUCUUCCAAUUAGGAAAGGUCGAAAGCCAGAAUGUCUUUCCGGCGAGGUGUGGUCAGGCAGAGCAAGUUCCGCCACGUGUUCGCCCAGGCCUGGAAAGCCGAGCACUGCAUCGAUGACGUCAGAGUGUCCCGCGUGACGUGGGACACUUCCCUCGCCGCCGUCAACCCCAAAUUCAUCGCUGUGAUCAUCGAAGCCGGCGGAGGAGGAGCCUUCCUCGUUGUUCCCAUCAGCAAGAGCGGCAGGAUUGAUCAGUCCUGUCCCACGGUGUGCGGCCAUGCGGCUCCGGUGCUGGACAUCCAGUGGUCUCCUCAUGACGACAACAUCAUUGCAAGUGCCUCCGAGGACUGCACCGUCAAGGUGUGGCAGAUCCCAGACGGGGGCCUGACCAGCCCAAUGACUGAGGCCAUUGUGACACUGGAGGGACACAGUAAAAGAGUGGGAGUCCUGGCAUGGCACCCAACUGCCUUCAACAUCCUCCUGACUGCAGGCUGCGAUAAUGUGAUGUGUGUGUGGAAUGUGGGCACCGGGGAGCUGGUGUACCAGCUGGAUGACGCCCAUCCAGAUCUGAUCUACAGCGUGAGCUGGAACAAGGACGGCAGCGCCGUCUGUACCGUCUGCAAGGACAAGGCUCUGCGUGUCAUCGACCCGCGGCGGGGCACUGUCCUCAAGGUGAAAGAGAAGGUCCAUGAUGGCACCAGGCCGAUGAGAGCUGUGUUCCUGUCAGAUGGGAAGAUCCUGACCACAGGCUUCAGCCGCAUGAGUGAGAGACAAGUGGCAUUGUGGGAUACAAAGGAUCUCUCUGAGCCAAUGGCAGUACAGGAGAUGGAUACCAGUAAUGGGGUUCUUCUACCAUUUUAUGACCCAGACACCAACAUGGUCUACCUUUGUGGAAAGGGAGACUGCACCAUCCGGUAUUUUGAAGUGACAGACGAAUCCCCAUAUGUUCACUUCCUGAGCUUAUACAGCAGCAAGGAGCCCCAGAGAGGUGCAGGCUUUCUUAGUAAAAGAGGUGUCGAUGUCAACAAGUGUGAAAUUGCCAGAUUCUACAAACUGCAUGAAAGGAAAGUGGAACCCAUUUCUAUGACUGUACCACGAAAGUCAGAUCUGUUCCAGGGAGACCUUUACCCCGACACAGCCAGCCUGGAGCCGGCUCUUCUGGCCGAUGAGUGGAUCGCCGGGCAGGAUGCCCCGCCCCUGGUGGUGUCUCUGAGCGGCGGGUACUCCGCACCUCCAUCCAAGCACAGAGACACCCUCAGAAGCAAACCUAAACUCGUCUCGCAGGACUCUGGGACCGGGGCGGCUCCGCCUUCAGCAGCUCCCACAUCUACUGCCGCCAAGGAGACGGAAGAGGAGGUGCCACAGCCACGAGUAGCCACGAGGGAGACGGAUGGGAACACAGAGAGGCCGAAGAGAGAGGACGAGCUGUUGAACGAGUUGUUGGCAGAAAUGAAGGCCCUGCGCGCUGUCGUCCUGGCCCAGAGCCAGAGGAUCGAGCUGCUGGAGAGGCAGCUGGCUCGCAUCGAGGAUGGCGACGUAUGAGCAAGGCGGAGACCCACUACAUUCAGAGGGCAUUCUUACUAAAUCCAUAGACCAUAGCCUUACUAGAAUCAACAGUACCUUAAGCUGUGUGAGUGGAAGAAUGUAGUGUAGGGUAGCGACUAACUGUGCAUCCCAGUGGCUUACAACCAGGUCAGCUGUGGUGAUAAAACAAGACCACAAUUUGUUUCCGUGUGUUUUCCAGACUGUGGCGGAGAAUGGGGCGUCAUCUGCAUAGAGUGAUAUCUGACAAUUUUUUUGUUUUUCAUGUGAAGGAGUAUAAUAGCAGCUAUUUGGUGGUGCAUAUAGUGCAGCUUUGAGCUUUGCAAAAUUCCCAUGCUAAUUCUGAAGGGCUUUGAAGGCAUUACAACGGCGCCAUUGCCUCAAGUUAAUGCACAAAGCGGUGAUAUAAAAAGCAUUAUAUUAAAAAAGUUAAUGAAGACUUUCUAUAGCAAAGCGAUGAAGUACCUCAAAUAUGAUUUUCUUUCUCUAAAGCACUCACAAAUAUAACCAUUAGGGCUAUUUAAUCAGGUAGUUAAAGCUGCUAAACUGUGAUGUCAUAUCAGACCCCCAGUUGUUAACUCAUUGUGUGACUUGUGCUUUGUUUUACUGCUUCAUUAUCAGACUCCCAUGUGUAAGGUUAACAGUAGGAAAAGGUGGUACGCAAAUCAUGACCCUGACAGUGAGAAUUAUGUGACUGAUAGCUGACGAGAGUGUAGUUGAAUAUUUAUGUGUAUCGUAAUUCUGUGUAGUCUUUGCAGUCGAUGAAAAGGUAACACUUGUGAUUUUGUACCUCAUGUUAUCAGGAGAGGGCUGUGGCUUUGUGACAUUUUCUGUAAUAUCACAAGGCGAGACAUUUGUCCAUGUUAUCAUGAAGAUAUAAAUGCUCAGAAAUUCCUUCUUUUGACACGUGGAAAGGCUGCAGUAUCUUUUGCCCCUUUUCAAAGAACCAGGAUCUCUGGUUUAGUCGUCACUUUUUCUAAGAAUUUUGACAGAGCUGUAAGCUAAAAGGAGCUGUUUUGUGGACUGAAUUGUACUAUAUACAGUACAUGGAAAACAAAACCAACACUAGUUGCAUUGCGGCCUCACUAAAAAGCACUAGAUUUAUUUAGAACGGCAGCAACAAGAAAGAGGAAGUUGCAGUGGAGUGGAACACAUUUUCUUAAGUGUGCAAUUGCGUUUAUAUUGAUGUUAAAAGAUGGAAAGAUCUUUUUGAUUUUUUUUUUAAUUUUAGGUACGUUUUUGUUUUUUGUCAUUACAUUUAAAGACACUCUCCUGUUAUCCUUUCCAUCAGUUGAUCAUGUAACAAUGGUACAUUCCACAUCAAGCUUCUCCCUUUAUUACUUACUUUCUAUUUCUUUAUGCACUGACCUCUUAACACUAACUGUAAAACCCGUAGCUAGUAGGUUAAAUGAGACUACAUUGUGAAACUCAAUAAACACUCAUUCCUCCUUUG